GCCACCGAUCGAUCAUCCCAGCCGAUUCUCAGAUCCAACCAAGAUCCAACCGUGCGUCAGGCCACUAUUGGAGAACAUCCUUAAUCCACCUACUGCCGUGUCCUACGCCCUGCAAACCUCUGUACCGCUGUCUCAAAGGCCCCGGCGGUUCUGUCCUGCCGCUGUCUAUUUACUGCCGGUCCUGCCCUGUCCUGCUGCUGGAGCACUGCAGCCCUCUCCCCGCCCGAUAGCCGAAGUUGCGAAACUUUUUGUGUUGCGCCGCUGCCGUCAUCGCCAGCCGCCAUGCCCAAGGAACACAAGAAGCGCGGCCGCCGCGACGAGCAGAAGAAGCGCAAGAGGGACGUCGACGACGAUGCAAGUGCAAAGCGCUUCAAAAAAGACGACAUCGACCAGCUCGAAGCGGAAAACCCUGCGCAGCAUGUCGCCGAACAUGACGUCGCCCGCCCGGAUGCGACGCCCUUCUACGGAAUGCUCGACGAGCAGGAGCAGGAGUACUUCAAAAAGGCCGACGAGAUGCUCGAGCUGAACCAGUUCGAGAGCUCCGAAGACCGAGACAUCUUCCUCGCCAGCGUCUGGAAAGAGGCCGACGGCAAGGAACUGAAAAUCGCCAACAGCCAGACGUCGCGCCUGCUCGAACGCCUGAUCCUUCUUUCCUCGCCCGACCAGCUCAAGGGCCUGUUCCAGAAGUUCAGCGGACACUUCCUCAACCUUGUCCAGAACCGAUUCGCGUCCCACUGCUGCGAAGCCCUCUUCAUACAAGCUGCGCCUGUUGUCACCGAAGAGACUGCUGCCAAACCUGAGAAACCGCAAACACCGCCGUCGUCAGACCCCGACCAAGUCCUCGUCUCCAUGGAGAAUUUGUUCCUAUACACGCUGGGCGAGCUGGAGGGUUACAUGGGCUUCCUAAUGACCGACAAGUAUGCAUCGCACGUACUGAGAGUACUACUCGUCAUUCUAUCGGGCGCCCCGCUGGAAAAACAGAACAAGUCGGCUAUGCAGAGCAAGAAGAAGGAAAAGGUCACCGUCUCAGGCGCAGAGAAGGAGCAGGAACGUCUACUCGAAGAGAGGGCCGUCCCCGAAAGCUUUUCCGAAGCUCUGGAGAAGGUCAUCAGCGAGAGUGUCUCGGGCAUUGAGUCGCACUACCUCCGUACCCUGACCACACACCCACUCGGCAGUCCCACUCUACAGCUACUGCUCAAGCUGGAGCUUUCCCACUUCGGCAAAUCGCGGGCCAAGGACGAAAAAUCCAUCAUCCACAGACUUUUGCCAGACAAUCCCAUAGCGGAAGGAACAGAAAGCGCCAUCCUGAUCAACGGGCUUGUGUAUGAUACCAUUGGCUCCCGACUACUGGAAGUCAUCAUCGAGAAUGCGCCCGGAAAGGUAUUCAAGUCCAUUUACGGAGAGUUCUUCAAGGAACGCAUGGGUACGCUGGCUCGCAAUGAGAUCGCUGCCUAUGUCGUCGGAAAGAUCAUGGAAAGACUUGGCAAGGACGACCUGGAAGAGGUCAUGCGUCAAAUAGUGGACCAGAUCCCCAGCUUGGUAGAACGUGGCCGGACGGGGGUUAUCAAGACACUCAUCGAGCGAUGCGUCGCGCGUGACAUCGACUGCUCGCCUAUCAAGGCUCAGCUGGAGACUGCAUAUGCCGGCUCUAAUGGCUUCGAAGUCACACGUAUUCUCAAGCUUAGUGAGGAAGACGGCAAACCUCGUGCCAAACAUGAACACUCACCAGAGAAGGUUCAUGGGUCGCUCCUAGCACAAACCAUGAUGACCGUCGAUGGGCCCCUUGGCCAGCUUGUCUUUGACUCUCUUGCCAACCUGUCCCCGGAACUCGCUGUCCAGCUCGCUCGCGACUCUACGGCGUCGCGGACGCUUCAGGCAGCACUGAUGUCGAAGAACGCUUCUGUCAUCUUCCGCCGAAAGAUGAUACAACAAUUUUAUGGCAAGAUUGGUGAGCUUGCGCUCGAUCCUGCUGCAUCUCACGUCAUCGAUGCCAUAUGGCACGGUACAGCUGGUCUAGCUUUCAUCCGCGAGCGCAUCGCGGAAGAGUUGGCCGAGAACGAAAACUCGCUUCGAGAAUCCUUCGUCGGGCGUGCGGUCUGGCGGAACUGGCGCAUGGACCUGUACAAACGCAAACGCGGCGACUGGGUCACACAAUCGCGCUAUACCGCCGGAAAUGACGGUUUCCAGAGUUUCCCAGAGUCCAACGGCGACGCAACCCCGCCGCAAAACCAUCGGGCGGGAAGACAUCUGACGGCUAUCGAACUGGCAAGGCAGAAGCAUGCCGCUGCGAAAGCCUCACAAGCCAAGGACGGCAAAAAGCCGAAGAAGGGGAGUCAUACAACAAACAGCAGUGUCAGCAGCGGAAGCAGCAGCAAAGCCAAGAGCCUCGUCGCGCAAUAAUAGUGCUAUUAUACAUUAUGUACAGGAAUUUCUUUUGUCAGCACGGUUCGCUGAGAAUGAGGCAUCGUACUACGGCGUUUUCCGAGCUGGGUUUAGGGCUUAGGUGGGCCUGUCGCGCAUUUUUCUGAUUCGACGACUCUAGAUACCUUUUAGUGGCAUACUUGCAUGAGAACAGUUUUGCUUUAGGAAUGUGGC